ACUGCAAGGAUCUUUUCGUAGAAGCCUCGAUUUCAAAUAAAGAUGGCGGCGCCCAUGAGAAGUGUGUUUUGUCAGAUGUUUGUUCGCAAAUGCACUAAUGCCCUUCCAGCAGGAUUGACAUAUAGAAGGGUUGCCAGCACAUCGCCACCUGGCAGUGUUCACAACAAAGAUGACAGAAGGCCUAAAGUGAGCAUGUCCCCAGACGGCAGCACUCUGCUGUGCUGGCACCCAGCCAUGGAGUUCCCGUACCAACACACAAAGCCUAUUCCAAGGAAAAUUGAAGAAUUAGCAGAGGGGGAGUCAGUGCUGAAGGUGCAGUAUCUCAUGUCAGAGAAACUGAAACAUCGAGAGGAUGGGCCAACAGACAAAGAGCUAGCAAACAUAUUCUUCACAUCCAAACAUCGGUGGUAUCCACAGCCACAGAAGAAGUACAGGAAAGUUCGAACCCCAAAAGACAGGGACAGGAUUUAGUAUCUGCUUAUGAAUGACUGUGAAUGUGACAUGUAACUGUGCUGUGUUAAUCAAGUAUUGAAUACUCUGGUGGCUGGUGUUGGAGGCCUCUAGGUUUGGAGGAGUCUGAUUGUCUCCAGUGCUGAUGCCUCCAACCUGAUAGUUUUGUUGAUACACUAAAUGAAACUAACAUAGAAUUGUACAUACAGAUGAGAAGGAAUAAAAUAUUAACCAUU